AUGUGGGAUGAUCCGCUGCACAGACAAGGCCAACCAUAUACAGGCCUGGAACGAGACAGACAGCGAUACCAGGCGUUUAAUGACGCCCAGAACUCACAGUUGGCAAUGAUCCAGAGGAUAGUCAGGAAGCGCAUCCCCCAGUUGGACAAUAAUGAGAAUGCUAUAUUACACACCAAUGGAACUAUACAGAUGGUUCAGGACGUCACGAGGGACGACUUGAUCAGUGGCUCACUAGGGUUCUUGUUCCGUGUAGAGCUACGGGCAGAUGAGCCUCAAAGCGACGAUCGUGCCAACACGGAAUGAAUCCGAACAAAUGGCGGUGGAGUUCUCGUCUCAGCAAAGCCCUACCGCCAAAUGGUCAGCCCCAGAAAACGAAUACUUGCAAUCCUAUCAGUUAUUGUUCAAGA